GCGGGGCCCGAGUUCGUACCUCCGCACACCGGACAGGAAGAGCGCUGCUCUGCGGGCGCAGCUUUGUCUGCGCUGCGGGCCCUUCGCUGCCGCCCGCCCCGGCCCCCGCUUCCUUUCUCAGACCCCGCCGGCUCCCGCAAACGCGAAGCCCGGCGAAGCGCUUGGACGCUCGGGCGGCCGAGGUCGAAGGCUUUCUUCAGCCAGGGAGGGUGAAGUUUGAAAACAGGCUGCAGGCUGAAAAGCUAAGAAUGAGCCAACAGCCGUUGUGGAGGAGCGGCUGGGGGUUGCCCUUCAGCUGUUUGGGGGUUGUCUGGAAUUGCUCUGGGAUGCCCGAGUUCGUGUGCGUGUGCCGGUCCAACAAAAGCCCCUGGGUCUGUUUGACUUGUUCAAGUGUCCACUGUGGAAGGUAUGUAAAUGGCCAUGCAAAAAAACAUUAUGAAGAUGCACAAAUACCCUUAACCAACCAUAAGAAAUCAGAAAAGCAGGAGAAAGCUCAGCACACAGUGUGUAUGGAUUGCAGUAGCUACAGUACGUACUGUUAUCGCUGUGAUGAUUUUGUGGUUAAUGACACCAAGCUGGGGCUGGUACAGAAAGUCAGAGAACACUUGCAGAACUUGGAAAACUCAGGCUUCACAGCUGACAGGCAUAGGAAAAGAAAACUUCUGGAAAACUCAUCAUUAAACAGCAAGUUAUUAAAAGUAAAUGGAAGCACCACUGCCAUUUGUGCCACAGGCCUUCGGAAUUUGGGGAACACGUGUUUCAUGAAUGCAAUCCUUCAGUCACUCAGUAACAUUGAGCAGUUUUGCUGUUACUUCAAAGAACUGCCCGCCGUGGAGCUAAGAAACGGGAAAACAGCAGGAAGGCGGACGUACCACACCAGGAGCCAAGGGGAUAGCAGCGUGUCUUUGGUAGAAGAGUUUAGAAAGACCCUUUGUGCCUUAUGGCAAGGCAGCCAGACGGCAUUUAGCCCAGAGUCCUUAUUUUAUGUUGUUUGGAAGAUUAUGCCUAAUUUUAGGGGCUAUCAGCAGCAGGACGCCCAUGAGUUCAUGCGCUACCUUUUGGACCACCUGCACUUGGAACUCCAGGGCGGUUUCAAUGGUGUUUCCCGCUCAGCAAUUCUGCAGGAGAAUUCGACACUGUCUGCAAGUAACAAGUGUUGCAUAAACGGAGCGUCUACUGUCGUCACAGCUAUAUUUGGGGGCAUUCUCCAGAACGAGGUGAACUGCCUCAUCUGCGGGACAGAAUCUAGAAAAUUCGAUCCAUUCCUAGACCUUUCAUUAGAUAUUCCAAGUCAGUUCAGAAGUAAGCGCUCUAAGAAUCAAGACACUGGACCAGUUUGUUCAUUACGAGAUUGUCUUCGCAGCUUUACUGACCUAGAAGAACUUGACGAGACAGAGCUAUACAUGUGCCAUAAGUGCAAAAAGAAACAGAAGUCCACAAAAAAGUUUUGGAUUCAGAAACUACCCAAGGUGCUUUGCUUACAUUUGAAAAGAUUUCAUUGGACAGCAUAUUUAAGAAACAAAGUUGAUACAUAUGUAGAAUUUCCGCUCAGAGGCCUAGACAUGAAAUGCUACUUACUAGAGCCUGAGAACAGCGGUCCGGAGAGCUGCCUGUACGACCUGGCCGCCGUGGUGGUGCAUCACGGAUCUGGGGUUGGUUCGGGACAUUACACGGCAUAUGCAACUCACGAAGGCCGCUGGUUCCAUUUCAAUGACAGUACUGUAACACCGACUGACGAAGAGACCGUAGUGAAGGCAAAGGCUUACAUCCUUUUUUACGUGGAACGCCAGGCCAAAGCUGGAUCGGAUAAACUUUAAUACCUCCUCCAAAUCAUUAUUCAUUAACUAUACCGGACAGACAUUUCCAAUUUUCCAUAAAUACUUGAUCCAAGAUUUAAUUUCAUUAUGCACUUUUCAAUUUCCUGUUUUGGGUUUAGUUUUGUCAAUGGUAGUGACUUGUUGAACAUGGGCACCAACUAAUUUUUUGUUGUUGUUCUACAGAAAACCUCAGCAGACAUUUCGAUUUGCUGCUUUAGUUGUAAUAAUUCAAUUUUUAUAAGUAGUUUCAAGAACUUAGUUCUAUUUGACUUUUUUAUAUUAAUGUUUUCAAUUCUCACUCUGAGGCACAUUUACAUGAAUGCUUUUGUCACUCUGACGCGCUGAGAGCUCAGUGUGCCCCUGACCGGGAGGAGUGACGUGCCUGCCUGCUGCCUUCACAGCCCCGACGCCGAGGCUGACGGAAUCGAGGAUCAUGUGCGCACUUAAUUUGCGACCCACAAGAUUUCACAGUGACUGCUUAGUAAUCAUUCUUUCUGCCUGUAAAAGGUAACUGAGAGGGCGUCACUACGUAGACCAGGAAAUUGCUUCUCUCAGUGUCUCUCAAGGCUGCUGUUUAUCAGCACUAACGAAAUAAAUGUGUUGGUUCGGUUUUACCUGUACUGCAAGUUCAAGAAUUA